AUGCAAGACUCUCGAGCGGAAUCCUAUAUGGAAAGUCACGAUUUGAAAAACUUCUUAAACGACUUAGAAGGUGGAUUGCAACGUUACCAGCCGAACGAUCCUUUGGGCUUUAUUAUUGGUUGCGUGAGAUCUGUUCAACAAGUAAAGAGGGAGUCGAAGGAGCCGCUUUCGUACUCGAAACUCUUUGAAGAAUACGCUGCCCAAAAAUUCAGUACGAUUGGUGUUAUGAACGCCCAUUUUAACGGAUUUGCCUCGUCCAAUUAUCCUACUGGACCUAACAAUAAAAAACGUCAUCGUUCCGAGGACGCAUCUAUGGAAAUCAGAACUCCCCCCCACUAUACUUCAGGGUCAAACUUUGAUCAGCAUGUUCCUCAUCAGCAUUUUGACGAAGAUCAAGCUCAACGUCGCCCCAUUUUACCUCCGUCCCCACCGAACAGUAAUUUAUCGGUCCGAUUUGUCCGCAAUCACAUUGCAUCCGUGGGUAGGCGCCGCCGUAAUUCUGUGAGUGCCGAAUCCAUCAGUCCGUCAGGUGAUCCCAAUGAUCGUAAGAUCAUCCCAAAAUCCGAAGACACCAUAAAACUCAUAGAGGAUGCGAUCCUGCAAAACCUGUUGUUCAAAAACCUCGACCGUGAGACCAAACGUCAAGUGGUGGAUGCAAUGUCCGAGGUCAUAGUGAGAAAAAAUGAGACCAUCAUCACGCAAGGUGAGGUGGGCGACAACUUCUAUGUUAUCGAACACGGUCUUUUUGGAAUAUUUAUCGACAAUCAGUUUGUCCUUGAAAUUGGUCAUGGCAAUAGUUUCGGGGAACUCGCAUUGAUGUAUAACACUAAUCGCGCUGCUACUGUAAAAGCAAAGACCGACGGAAUUCUCUGGGCUCUCGAUAGAGUUAGCUUUCAUAAAACGAUCACCAACCUUAUGUACAAAAAACGAAAGACUUACGAAGCUAUCCUAAAGUCCGUUGCGCUUUUUUCCAGCUUGGACUCAUCGGAAAUCACGAAACUCGCCGACGCCUUGGAACCUUGUGAAUACGAGGAUGGCAAGUCUAUCGUUACCCAGGGUGAAACUGAAAGCUGUUUUUAUGUCAUCGAAAAGGGACGUGCGAGCGUAAGUAAAAUCAAUGAACAUGGCAUCAAACAAUACCUACCGGAUAUCAGCGAGGGCGGUUAUUUUGGAGAACACGCUCUCUUUGAAGAUCAACCGUAUAGAGAAACCGUCGUUGCACGAGGUCAUGUUCGCGUUGCUGCACUCAAACGCGCCACAUUCGUAGAACUCUUGGGCCCCAUCAUGGAUAUCCUCAACAGAAACGCCCAAGCAUAUAACAUGAAUGCCGAGAAUAACAAUAACUAUUCUAGUAAUUACGAUUCUUCUUACUCCCCAGUACCCGAACCCGAACGUCCUUCAGGACCGCUUACCGAUAUUAACGUACCAAAUCAUAACGGUGGCAAUGAAAGUAUGGCUAUUGACGAGGAUUACUCGACAACUACUUCCGCCAGACCGUCGCGUACGAUAAAAAGAAGCGGAUACAGUGGGGCUGGUGGUGUUGACCUUAUGUGCUACCAGCGUUUAAUCUAUUUAUGGGGUGGUGUGAGAAAGUGCAAAGAUCGAGGUCGGGAAACCCUUGGGAUAGAAGAAUCGAUAACGAGGGUGGAUGAUCUCCGCCAAGAUUUUAUUUGCACGGAAGAGGUGACAGGGCCUCCACAAAUCAAUGGAGGGGGGGGGGGGAGAAUUCGACCAAUUGUGACCUGGACUGCUUUGUGUGGUGUACGACGAAGCAAUUUCCAGGCCAAUUGUUUGUCAGCGCAGGUAUUCCGUGAUCCCGGAAAUCAUCCGCUUCUUUCAUUGCAGAAGCAUUUCUCGUAA